AUGCCCUGGGAAGGCCAAGCAGGAGAGCUGGUCUACCUGCCAGCCCACUUAGCCACCUACCUGCCUGACUGCCUCCUGGCUGGGAGAGCAGGAUUCUGGCUCGCAGGGUGCCGAUUCUUUGAUGCACAACCUGGUGUUGGUCUCUUUAUGUAUGCCUUUGUUUUGGUGGAAGAUCAAGCAGCCCUCACUGAAGGAGAGGACCAAAGGCAGGAAGAAUGGCCGUUAGGGACACCGCCCUUAGCUAGACUCCUUCCACCCCUCAUAGACCAAAUAGUUGCAGUGGGCUACAUGAAUAGUUUUUUAGAAAAAAUCAGAACCACUUUUAAAAAAACUGCUAGUUACCAGCUUCACAAUGAGGAUGACCCUCCAGAGCCUUCGGCAGCAGCKCAACCCUCCACUUCGGCAGAGGCUGCGCAGCCACCGCCAGCAGCCGCCGCCUCGGGAGCGGACGCGGCCCCGCCGCCCUACUGCAGCAUAGCCGUAGAGGCGGCAGCAGCAGCAGCCCCAGAAACACAGAAUGGAUUUUACCCUGUGCCACCUCCCUACAGUGUAGCUACCUCUCUUCCUACUUACGAUGAAGCGGAGAAGGCCAAAGCGGCAGCGAUGGCAGCUGCUGCAGCAGAAGUUACCCAACGACACGCCCAGUUUAGGGAAUCUAGGAGUCUGUUUGAUGAAAUAUUCCUCAGUCCUUCAGAGGAAGAAGAGUAUCCACCACGGGAUGAUUUCAGUGAUGCAGAUCAGCUUAGAGUGGGCAAUGAUGGCAUCUUCAUGUUGGCAUUUUUCAUGGCAUUUAUUUUCAACUGGAUUGGAUUUUGUUUAUCCUUCUGUAUAACAAAUACCAUAGCUGGAAGGUAUGGUGCGAUCUGUGGAUUUGGUCUCUCACUGAUCAAAUGGAUUUUCAUUGUACGGUUCUCAGAUUACUUUACUGGAUAUUUCAAUGGACAGUACUGGCUUUGGUGGAUAUUUCUUGUACUCGGACUCCUCCUGUUCUUUCGAGGAUUUGUCAAUUAUCUUAAAGUCAGAAAUAUGUCUGAAAGCAUGGCAGCUGCUCAUAGGACAAGAUUUUUUUUCUUGUAUUGAAGACCGCAUCGAACAGACAUUCCUUUCCCACACCAGUGCGAAAUUUCCAGAUGAUCUGUAACUCUCCAAGUUAAUAGGAUAGAAGCCUACUAAAAGAAGACAAAUUAGUGAAGAUACAGCUGCAGAUAGGAAUGAAAGGAUGGUCUACGGUGCACGUGGCGGUUCUGGCCAUUCUAGUAAAUAUUUCUGAUUACUGCCUUUUCUUUCAGCACAUUUGCGUACAUGCUUCGAGGAUAGCAUUGAAAUAAGAGCAAAUCCUCUGUUAGUAUAGAUUCAGUAGAGCCAGACUUGGUUAAUCUGCGCUUCUUUUAUCUGAAAGAUUUAAGUGGUAAUCUGUUUUACAGCAUAUAUGUAUAGACCUGGAGUUUGGGUAAAAAUGGAAUGCAUCAAAUGGUUCAGAUUAACCACAAGAGACACAAAAUUUUAAUGUAAUUUAAAUCCAUCUCAAUUGUGUAGAACUCUUUAAGUUUACUGAAACCUGAAGUUCCUUGUUCUCACCAGCUUGUUUUCAUCAACACUUUAUGGAAUUCAAACCAAUAUACUGGUUUGCUUAAAGUUGAUUCUUCCCUUUGAGUCCACUGUAAAUAACUCUGCAUAAAUGACUGUUUAAAUCGCUUCUUAGGAAAUAAGUCAAAAUAUAUUUUGUAACAGCAUAUUCUCUAAAUUAUGUUUAAUCUUCAUAUGAGCUACCUAUAUUUUUGUUGUUGUUGUUGAUAUGGCUAUUGAGGCAAUAGUUACUGCUAGGUAGAAUUUUGGAUGUAAAGGCAUCAAAUUGUUUCAUCCUAAGUUUGCUCACGUUCAUUUCCAUUAACUGGUUUUAGCCUGAACUGGAAUGUCCUUAUUCAUGAGCAUAAUCCUGUUAAAAGAUGAUAUUUAUUCCUGUUAGCAGACAUGGGCAGCUGCAUAUCCUCAGUCCAUGGUUAUGCAGUUGGAUCCCUGUAGGUUCAGCUUUGUUCCUAACACAGGGUAUUGCAUAUGUGUUCCCUGGUUUAUAAACACCGGGUUUAUUUAAAAAUCUUGAGCUCGAUACAAAUACAGCGUCCUCUUGGAGGGUCUUCCAAAAAAAAUUUCAUGCAGGUAUCUUGCCAUCUUUCUUUAUCAUUUCAUAACAAUGAACUGGUUUAAAUUCCAAGGUCAUUUUGGAAAUAACCUAAGUGGAAAAAAAAAAAAGAUGUAUUUUUAAGACUCUGAAAGUUUUAACAAAUAAUCUCUCAUUAUUAAAAGUCUCAUUACUUUCUUAAAAAUAUCAUCUCUUAAGGGGUCUUCUUGUCCAUGCACAUUGAAGUUCCUUCAGUUUUUGUGAAAUGCUUUUUUAUGCUUCUUCCUCAGUAGGAGAAUACAUCUCGCAAUCCUUUGUACAACUGGAAUCUCAGUUGCAAAACACAGUAGUUAUUGGGUGCACCUUUGGGGGAGAAAGAUGCAGAUAAUUUCCUCCAUUUUUUUUCUUUUUAUAAAAUUCUGUUUUUUUAUUACUAACAUUAAAAAUGAGGAGGUUUAUGUUGUCAUUAAGCUAGUGCUGUAUUAAAUUUUGUAUCUAUAAUGUUUAAAAACACAUAUAAUCUGCGCACGUUAUUCAUUUUCUUAGUCUUUCAGGGAUAUUGAAAGUGAUUCUAGACUAACU